AUGCAGCUGCGGCAGCUCAGCUUUUCUUCCUCCUCCUUCCAUCACAAGUAUAAACUGGCGCGAGGGCGUCUUUUUUGCUUCGUUGUACCCCUUCCCCCUCUUUUGUCUAGCAUGAACUCGCUGCUGAAAACAUUUCGCAAUGUUGUGGAGCUCGGCGAGGAGGAGUCGCCAGGGGCGUUCGCACCAUCGCAGCACGGCAACGUAGACGAGCAAUCUAAUCCAGAGGUGCUGAGACAGCAUAUCUCCACCCUCAGCCGGAAACUGGCCCGCCAGGUGCAGCUCUACGAGGAGCUGAGGGGGGAAAGCAUCUCCGUCGAAAAAGAACUCACGCGUAUGCGCCUCCGCUUCGCCGCCGCGCGGAAGCUGUGGGAGUCCACAAACACGAGUCUCGAACAUUCGAUUCAGAACCUAGUCGAGCACCGGCUCUUCGGCGCCGCUUCUACCGCCCCUGCUAGGCCUAGCACGGCGUUUGGCAGCAGCUCGGGCAAGGUUUCGCCCAACCUUGCGGACACCCCCUUGCUUGAUGCCACCUACGUUGCCUCUCUGCGUGAGCAGAUUCAGCGACUGAAGGAAAUGGUGAUGCGGAGCGGCGAGGAGCGGAGUCAGCUGCAAAGUGAGAAGCAAUACGAAGAGGUGCAGCGAGUGCUGCGUGCAAGCGGCUUGACCGCCUCGCACCUUGAUGCGCAGGUGCGUGCGGCGGUGCAGAAGCUGGUAGCGCAGUGGGGUGACGAGCGGGCCUACUACGAGUCGCUUAUUGAGAGUCUUGAGCAGAACGCUGCAAAACAUGCUGAGCGAGAGGCGUUGUUGAGUGGCUGUGUAAAGCAGGAGCAGGAACGCCGUGCAGAGGCAACAGCGCCGAAUUCCGCUGCGGAGUCUGACGAACUGCGACGACUUCGCGAGGAGCUCGAGCAGUGGAAACGUGGAGAGCGCACCGUCAUGGAGAAUGUCUCGGGGGAUCCGCACCGGUUCUCUCAAACAGCGAGUCCGAUCUCCGCAAACGCUACUCAGCACCCAGCCAACGAGGACGUCAGCGACGCCAGUCCGCUGCCGCACGUCGCCAAAGAUAGGCACUUCCUCGUUUCGUUCGAAACCGCAGGUGCGCACGAUGUCACCGGCGCACCACUUCAAGGAGACGCGGCACUCGGGUUUGUCGUCGGUGACCGCGCACUGGCAGAGAAACUGGAGCUUCUGAGCCGGGACUGCAGUGCACGCGAGGAGGCACUCGAUAACCUUUACCGUGACAACCGAAGCCUACAAGAGGUGGAGCUGCGGCACUGUCAAAAGAAGAUGGAUGAGCUUGCGCAGCAGCUGUCGUGUGAGCAGUACCGUGCAAGGCAACUGGAAGACGAGAAGCGGCGAAGUGCCGUUAGCGAAGAGAAGCUGCGUGAGCAGGUCACGCAACUGCGGCAGGCUGUGAACGCUGCAGCUGCCGGCCAGGCGUCCCUCGUGGCACCGAGCGGGCUGAGCACAGGCAUAUCUAUUACCCUAGCAGCCCCGGUACAUGUGAGGCUGCCUCUCAACGCCUCCAUACUAGAGCAGAGCGUCCCAUACGAGAAGGCCGCCACCUGGAAAGACUGUGCGCGAGGGGCAGCGCGGUGGUGGAAGGAGUUGAGGCUGAACACAGUCCCACUUCGAUGCUCUCAGGUGCACAACGCCAAGAGUGCAGCACGCGCCCAAGGAAGCGGGGUGCUGCGACGAGGCCCACGAGCGCCGCUUAUGCUUGGCGGCAUUUUCGUCACCCUUAUGUUCAUUUAUCUGCUCUUCCUGUGCGUGGAUUCCGCCCGCGCGGUCAGGCGCGCCCGUUAUACAGCAUAG